AUGACCUCCCUGCUCACUGAAACAGAGCCUCAAGAUGCUUUACCCUUCAUCAAAGAUGCUACACCGUCUUUUGAGUCAAAUGAGCGCAUUCUAGCACCUUCGAUUGACGAAGUUGAUUCUAACCCAGAUGAGUUACGCAGCAUACGAGGAAAAGGCCGAUAUUUUGGUGUGACAGACCCAUCAGACUCUAAUCUAGAUGCUGAACCUAAAUGCAAUAACUGUUCACAACGCGGCCACUUCAAGAGAAACUGUCCGCAUGUGAUAUGCUCCUACUGCGGACUUAUGGACGAUCAUUAUUCUCAACAUUGUCCCAGGGCUAUCAGAUGUGCCAACUGCAAUGGAGAAGGUCACUACCGCAGUCAAUGUCCCCAUAAAUGGAGGCGUGUAUUUUGCACGCUAUGCAAUAGUAAGAAACAUGCGCGAGAUCGCUGUCCCAGUAUUUGGAGAAGCUACUUUCUCUUGGACGGCAAUAAACGGAGGGUUCUGCCAAUACACAGGAUUUUUUGCUACAAUUGUGGCAGCAAAGGUCACUUUGGUGACGAUUGUUUCGACGAGCGCUCUUCGAGAGUUCCUAACGAAGACGGAAGUGCUUUUUCAGGCGAAAAUUUGCCUCAACAAGUCAAAGAAAACUACUUUACACAUUUAGAAAGAUAUCGCGAUGAUUUUUCUGAGGAUAUGUCUUACCAUUCCCGUGACAUUAGACAACUACAAGCACCUAAGCACCCUAAAGGGAAAGCUGAUGAUUCGAUGUACGAGGACGACUCUUCUUCUAGUUCUCGCUCUAGGAAGUCGAAGAAAAGAAGCCGAAAUGGUGAAGAGUACGGCGAUCAUUCUCAAAGCCGUUAUAGAAAUAACGCAAGUAAGUCUAAUUUUUUUCCUCCUCCAUACCAAAAAUCCAAGCCUGCCCCUAGACCAUCGUCGAGAGGAAAUCUUCUUCCCCCAACACAGAACAGGAAACACCCGCUAGAUUUCCCUCGCUCGUCGAAGUCUCAGCACCAACGGUUUGAUUAUUAA